UAUCCCUUUUUCUCGCCAUUUUGGAUUCGUCCGCAUUGCACAUGGAAUAUACCGGUACAAUCGAAAGGAACUGUCGUAUUUAAUCUUAUUUAUAACUGAACAAUUUGAUAGGUGUAUGCGGUCAACAUGGAUCUGUUGAGUGUGCUUGAGAAGACAGUAUCUCCAGAUCAACAAGAGUUGGAAGCAGCCCAGCGUUUUCUGGAACAGGCAGCUCAGACCAAUCUACAAGAAUUUUUGAAGUCCUUGUCAGAAAUCUUAAAACAUGGAGGCAACAGCCCUGUCACUCGAAUGCAAUCUGGUAUACAGCUGAAAAAUGCUCUAUAUUCCAAAGACUCCAACAUUAAAGCGGAAUAUCAACAAAGAUGGCUAACAUUUCCUGACGAUGUACGAAAUGUAGUGAAAGCCAAUAUUUUGGCUGCAUUGGGAACAGAAACAAUCCGUCCUAGCUCAGCUGCCCAAUGCGUAGCCUAUGUAGCUUGUGCCGAGCUUCCAGCUGGUAUGUGGCCAGACUUGAUCGCUGUUCUAACAAGCAACGUGACCAACCAAAACAGUACAGAAAUGAUGAAGGAAGCCACACUUGAGGCCAUUGGUUAUAUCUGCCAAGACAUUGACCCAGAGAUUCUUCAAAAUCAGUCCAACGAAAUCCUCACAGCCAUUGUUCAUGGAAUGAAAAAGGAAGAACCAAGCAACCAUGUGAGAUUAGCAGCAACCAAUGCAUUAUUGAAUUCGUUAGAAUUUACGAAAGCCAAUUUCGACAAAGAGACAGAGAGACACUUCAUAAUGCAAGUAGUUUGUGAGGCAACACAAUCUCCAGACACAAGGGUCAGAGUUGCCGCUUUGCAGUGUUUAGUGAAGAUUAUGUCACUCUACUAUACAUACAUGGAGCAUUACAUGGGUCCAGCACUCUUUGCAAUAACUAUGGAAGCCAUGAAGAGUGAUGUUGAUGAAAUAGCCCUGCAAGGAAUUGAAUUCUGGUCCACAGUCUGUGAUGAGGAAGUUGACCUGGCUAUUGAAUUGUCAGAGGCUGCUGAGCAAGGGAGACCACCAGAACGAACCAGUCGAUUCUACGCUAAAGGCGCUCUGCAGUAUUUAUCUCCUAUCUUGUUACACAGCUUGACAAAGCAGGUAAUGCAUGAGGAGGUAGACGACGAUGACGAGUGGAAUCCUUGUAAGGCGGCUGGGGUCUGUCUGAUGCUGAUGGCCACAGGGUGUGAGGACGACAUAGUGCCCCACAUCCUGCCCUUUGUGAAGGACAACAUUCACCAUCAGGACUGGCGAUUCCGAGAUGCAGCUGUCAUGGCAUUUGGUUCCAUAUUGGAAGGUCCAGAUCCUGUGAAGCUGAAGCCAAUAGUGGAACAAGCCAUGCCGAUGCUGAUUGAGCUGUUGAAGGAUGCGAGUGUUGUGGUUAGGGACACUGCCGCCUGGACGGUUGGGCGUGUCUGUGAGAUCUUGCCUGAUGCAGUCAUCAAUGAACAAUGCCUACAGCCCCUCCUCCAGGCUAUGGUGGAGGGGCUAGCAGCCGAGCCCAGGGUAGCCAGCAAUAUAUGCUGGGCUUUCUCCAGUUUGGCUGAAGCUGCCUAUGACAGUGCUGAUACAGGAGACGACAAUGCUGAGCCCGCCACUUACUGUUUGUCCACAUACUUUGAACCAAUAAUAGAAAAACUGAUCCAAACAACUGACAGAUCUGAUGGAAAUCAGCAUAACUUGAGAAAUGCAGCUUAUGAGGCACUUAUGGAAAUGAUUAAAAACAGUCCUAAGGACUGCUAUGCUAUUGUCCAAAAAACAACUCUAGUAGUUUUAGAAAAAUUAGAACGUGUGCUACAAAUGGAGAAUAUGAUUCAAGUCUCCACUGAUCGAGCUCAGUACAAUGAUCUGCAGUCUCUGCUUUGUGCUACACUCCAGAGUGUUCUAAGGAAGGUGACCUCUGAGGACGCCCCCAGUAUUUCGGACCAGGUGAUGAGUGCGCUCUUACGCAUGUUCAGCACCUCGGGGAAGGCAGGUGGUGUACAGGAGGAUGCUCUACUGGCCGUGUCUACCCUGGUUGAAGUUCUCGGAGACAAUUUUAUGAAAUAUAUGGAAGCAUUUAAACCUUGUUUGAUUGUGAGCUUGAAGAAUUCAGAGGAGUACUCGGUUUGUUUAGCUGCUGUUGGUCUAGUCGGAGAUCUAUGUCGAGCUUUAGGACAGAAAAUGUUGCCAUUCUGUGAUGAAAUUAUGGUGUUAUUGUUGGAGAAUUUAGGGAAUUCCACUGUACAUAGAUCAGUGAAACCCCAGAUACUGUCCGUCUUUGGUGAUGUAGCAUUAGCCAUUGGGCCUCACUUUAAAAAAUACCUAGAUAUUGUCAUGAAUACCCUUCAACAGGCCUCACAGGCACAGGUGGAGAAAACUGAUUAUGACAUGAUAGACUACCUUAAUGAGCUAAGGGAAGGUUGUUUAGAGGCCUAUACAGGAAUCGUGCAGGGAUUGAAAGGGGAUGGAGAACAACCGAAUGCGGACGUGAAUUUAAUACAGCCCCAUGUUGGUCAUAUAAUGUCCUUCAUAGAACAUAUUGCUCUAGACGAGGAUCACUCAGAUGAAAAUAUAUCAGCCUGUUGUGGACUUAUUGGAGAUUUGUGUACUGCAUUUGGAGCUGGCAUGUUGCCACUCGUUGACAAAGAACCAAUUCAAGGCUUGCUCACCAAAGGUCGACGCUCCAAAGCCACAAAGGCUAAGACUCUAGCCACAUGGGCCACAAAAGAAAUACGCAAACUGAAAAACGCCUCGUGAUGAUGGACGGUACCCAGAGUGAUGACCAUGUUGGGAUUUUAUAUCAGCUGAAGGUCAAGCAGAAGUGAGGUGUGUGAGGGAGAGACUUGCUUAACACUUCAGUCCGGGAGAGAGGGAGUGAGUGAGGGGAGAGAGACAUCUCAAUUGUUUACCCACACAACAACAAACCAAAUUGCCCCCACCAAACACAGGAAACACAGAGGGAACCACCAACAGUACAAAGGAAGUCCACGUUACCACUUAGUCUUUCAAUGCUGACACCGCAGACGUAAACAUGGAGUCCAACUCAAGGCCUUGUUCCGUAUUUUGAAAUUCUAUUAUUAUUUUUUGUAUCGGUACGAAAUGGAAAGCGUCUGGUUCUAUUUUCUUACUACAGUGCUACUUUUCAACUCAAUUAGGUAAUGAUAGAGGUACACGAUAUCAUGAAAUAUGCAUCUGCUCUAUAAGUUUAGUGCUAUUUUGUAUUGGGAAGGACACAAAAACAAUGAAAACCAACAACUGGAACUGCACAUAUAUUUUUAAUGGAAAAAAUGAUGUUUAUGACUUCUAUUUUUAUUCUGGCUUUAUUAAGAAAAACUUUGGUAGGUUUUGUGCGCUUAGCAAAAGCUUGUGCCAAAACGUGUUUGGUUAUUUAGGACUGUGGCAAUCCAGUUGUUAAAUUCUACAUGAUGAAACAUAAUGCAUACAGUACAGACAAAAAAUGAGAGAGAGUUUUUAUAAGAAAAAGAUUAUUAUAUUUAAUGCAUGUCAUUGCAGUUAACCUUUUUUCUUCUUCUUUUUCUAUUCUUUUUUUUUUUCUCCUUUGCUGUAUCUGUGGAUCAGCAAUGUAUCUUCCAAGCCCAUAUUUAAAUCAAGGAUGAGAUUUGAUGUAAAUUGCUAAAAAAUUGAUUGUAUUAAAACAGGUAAAUUCCAGAGCUUUUUGGGUUAUCCCAAAAACAUAUUUUGUUGUUUUAAAUGGCUUAAAAGCUGUAUUAAAUAGUGCUAAUUAUUUCAUUGUUUAUUUUUGUUUGUAGAAGAGGGGGGAGGGUGAGAUACGUUAAAAUAAAUGAUUUUUUGCAA